CCCCCUUCCAGCAUGUUCUCGGUGCUGUCCUACGGGCGGCUGGUGGCCCGCGCCGUCCUGGGGGGCCUCUCGCAGACCGACUCCCGCGACUACAGCCUGGUGACGGCCAGCUGCGGCUUCGGCAAGGACUUCCGCAAGGGCAUCCUGAAGAAGGGCAUGUGCUACGGCGACGACGCCUGCUUCGUGGCCCGGCACCGCACGGCCGAUGUGCUGGGGGUGGCAGACGGUGUCGGAGGCUGGCGAGACUACGGCGUCGACCCGUCUCAGUUCUCAGGGACCCUGAUGCGCACUUGUGAACGUCUGGUCAAGGAAGGACGGUUUGUGCCCAGCCACCCGGUGGGGAUCCUCACCACCAGCUACUGUGAGCUGCUGCAGCACAAAGCCCCCCUGCUCGGGAGCAGCACGGCUUGCAUUGUUGUCUUGGAUCGGACCACUCGGCGCCUGCACACCGCGAACCUGGGCGAUUCGGGCUUUUUGGUGGUCCGGGGGGGCCGGGUGGUGCACCGCUCUGACGAACAGCAGCACUAUUUCAAUACUCCGUUCCAGCUCUCGAUCGCGCCGCCCGAAGCCGAGGGAGUGGUCUUCAGCGACAGCCCGGAUGCUGCUGACAGUAGCACCUUCGAUGUUCAGUUGGGAGACAUCAUCCUGACGGCCACAGAUGGGCUCUUCGACAACAUGCCCGACUACAUGAUCCUCCAGGAGCUGAAGAAACUAAAGAACUCAAAUUACGAAAGCAUCCAGCAGACGGCCAGCAGUAUUGCCGAGCAAGCGCACGAGCUGGCCUACGAUCCAAAUUACAUGUCUCCCUUUGCACAGUUCGCAUGUGACAAUGGACUGAAUGUAAGAGGUGGGAAACCCGAUGACAUCACUGUUCUUCUCUCUAUAGUAGCUGAAUACACAGACUGACCAGCUGUGACACUCAGCUUUUAAAGACUGGUAUGCCUCCAGCUGUUCUCAGCUUCACACGUACUAUUUUCCUGCGGGCAGGAAGUCUCCUUUCUCUCUCUCUCUCUCUCUCUCUCUCUCUCUCUGCAUCUGACCUCGGUGGCUAAACCCACCUUACGUCCAUUGCCUGUUUUAAGAUGCAGUCAAGACCCCUGGCCCAAAACCUCAGCUGGAGGACACCUGGGGACACCUCCAAGCAAGAAAUGAAGAAUUUUCAAUACUUGAAGCCUUGUCUUUCAAAAUUGACUCAAGAGUUUUAUCGCGUAGAAAGCUGGGUGGGGAAAGGGGGCUGAAGAGGGAAUAAAACUUUACUUACGGCUCUGAAGAAAAAAGCAAGCCAACAAGAACAUCACAUCGACUGUGCGUGCUUUAAAACUAAUUCUGGGGAAGGGGUCUUUUUUUGUUUGUUCCAAAUCGGCGAACAGGACCUCCGUGAGGUCCCGAGAAGGUAUUGCUGGAAAAAGCCCGUUUCUCAAAUCGGUGGAAGGACAGUACAUCCUGUCCCUGGCUUAACAUGUUGGAAAACUUGUGUUUGUAGCUGAAUUCUCCAUAGGCUUUCCAAGUGCAGUGAGUCUUUUGCUCUCUCUAUAUAUAUACAUUUUGACCUGGGCGACUUGAAGAUGAGCUGGCUGGGGAAUUCCGGGAGUGGAAGUCCGCCCAAUCUUCAAGUCACCCAGGUAGGUUGCAAAAUAUUGGAUCAGUCUGGCAUUUAGCCUGGAGCUUUCUUACUCAAUUUGGAACGCACAAGUCGUCUUGAAUUGUGGUGCGCAUGUGCAAGAGGGAGUUUGUGAAGGUGCUAAAACUGUUAUACCAGUGGAACGUUGGCCCAUGGCAACACGGGGCCCUUUUCGUAGCUGAAUUUUUCUGCCACAUCAUCGCCUAACACUCUCUUUGGUUGCAGAGAAAGUGUCAAGAUGUCGAGGGAGGUUUGAGCACCGGCUUCGGGUGCUGAGUUGCGUACAGGUUUCUCCGAAAAAGUACAUGUUUACAGGGCUCUAAUUGCUAAUUGGCAAUAUUGUAAAUUUUAUUUUAUUUUUUGCAUCGACACACAGUCCAACUGCUCAGUAGCUAUAAGUUCCCCUACCCCAUUUUUCUAAACUUGUGUAAGAAAAAACAAACAAACCCACAGCUGUUUUUAUUUAUACAUAACGCCUAGAGGUAUGUAUAAAAAUCUCGGUUAGUUUUUCACAAAUUUUUUGUUGUUGGGUGUUUUUUGCCUGUAGGAGAAACAAAAGUCCUUUCCAUGUUUUAUACAGCAAGUUGGGUCACGUUGAUGUUUAAGUUGAUAAUCUUGGCAAGUAAAAGCAACCGUCCUUUUUUUAAAAAAAGAAAGAAAAGAAAAAAACUCACAAAAAAGGGGUGUAUUUUUUUACUGCCAGGUUUAUUCUGUUAAAACUGUACGUUUGAGGUUACCUCAGCCUGUUUUAAAAAUUAUUUUUUUGGUGGUUGUACUGUACAUUUGCAUAAUUGUGUCCGGCUUUUAUUUAUAAUUUAACAUGUACCGUGUACAUGUGGUUCGUUUCAGUGCAUCCUGCUUCUAACAGGCAUUUCAUUUGCGACGAUAAGCGGCAAAAACAUAAUAAUAUUUCAUUUUUUAGAAGCUGUUCCAACCAACUUUUCCAGUUUUCUUUUAAAAUCACCUUUUUUUUUUCUUUUGUCCAGAUUGCCUUAACAACGUAGCUUGACGAUCAGUUUUGGGGGUACGGAUACAGGGUGGCAUACAAUGAAUGGAUGAAAAUAGCAUAAUAUAUAAAAAAAAACACCACGGCCCAUUAUAAUGUUGUACAAACCAUUUCAGUCUCCCCCCUCCCCCUCAUCCUGACGCUGAACCAGCUGGGCCUAAGUACCUUCUGCUAGAAAUUGUAUAUUAAUAGGUCUUUAUGCAACGCCUUCCCCGCUUCGUUGGAGGGGUAGGUGAGCUCUUCACUGGGAAUUUGCGUGUCGCUGGUGCCAUCUCUUAUUUUGAGCAAGCCCUGAAGAGCUACCGACUCUUCCCCACUGUUUUUCCCAUUGUCCUGGGUCUCUAGGGAUCAUCCAGCAGGGUUUAUAUUCUUGCUGCCGUACUCUUUAGCCUUUCUGCAGUGGUUGGCUGACUAUGGAGGGGGAAGGUGCUUUAAAACACUGUUUCUCAACCUUGGCGGCUUUUAAGAUGGGUGGACUUCAACUCCCAGAAUUCCCCUGCCAGCUGUGGGGAAUUCUGGGAGUUGGAAGUCCACCCAUCUUAAAGCCACCAGCUGAGAAACGCUGCUUUAGAAACAGCAAAUGGGAUUCUUAAGCCUUGGUUUCGUUUCAUUUAAAGCAAUUUCUACUCUUAGCAGUAUCUGUAAAGCCAUUUGUUCCUUAGGACCAGUUUUUUUUUUUUUUUAAAGACAUGGUCAAAUUGAAUUUUUAAAACCUGCAUCGUCCCCCUUCCCUUUGGGACACCAAAGACCCCCCCAUGGAGUUUAUAGCUUUCCGGCCAUCUGUUUUUUAAAAGCAAUACUGUAUUUUAAACAAAUUCUAUUGCAUGCUUCAGAUCUGCCCCCCCCCCGCCCCCGCAUCCCCUAUUUUAAGAUGAGCCUUCAAUCCUAAUAGACCCCGAUUUCUUCCCUAGGAACUUUAAAGCUGUCUGCGCACAAGAAUUUUAUUUUUUUACAAAAAGGAGGGGGGGAAAAAAACAGGAAAGGAAAAGGCAAAGUCUCCUGGCCUUGCUAACGUGAUCUUCUUGCGAGCCGUGAUGCUUCUACUCUGGGCGCAAUAUAGGGUUAGGAAUUGGCACGUUCCAUUUUCCUUCCUUCCUCUUAAAUGUGGGGAUACCCCAAUGGCCAGACCCCCCAACCUGCUUUUUUGGGGAUAGGGGCCCAUGUGUGAGAAACCCCCACCCCCAAUUCAUAGCAGCUCCCGGGUCAUUGCAUUUUCAGAUGCAAAGAGAUGGGGGGGGGCUCUGCUGCUCUGAAUGAGGAGGGGGCUUGCAUCUUGGGCUCCAUUUUCUUUGCUCAGGGUAGGGGUGGCAGCAUCGCCCGUGGAAUCCAGAGCUGCCUGGCAGAGAAGCAAAACUCUGAUUUUUUGAAGGUGGGGUGGGCGAAGGUUUUCCCAGCCCUCCCCUUCUCUGUAGCACCUCUGCCUUCUUAAGUCUGCUGCAUGGCAGGGGGUCCCCCAAAAGCUGGGGGUGGGAUGCUGAACAUCCUUUACCUUGAGGGGGGGGCUUGGCACCCUCCUGGUUUCCUCCCCCCCUCCCCUGCAGAAAGCUCUCUUCCGCUUUCUUAGGAGCCCCAUUCGAUCUCUCUUGCUGUAGCAAAGAUCAAAUAGGGGGGGAAAAAGCGACUUCAGAUCUGGGACUUGAAGGGGAAAGGGAUUUUAAGAAACCGUCCACGGUGGAAGCAGAGAUAAGAAAUCCAUGGGAACGGCUUUUCCCCCCCCCCGCGGGAGACCAGACUCGAUCCAGACCUGGGUUUUUGUGUUUUUAAUUUCGUUUUUUUUUUAAAUUUCCUUCUCCUGACGAGGAUAGCUGAUCUAAUGAGGAUGCUGUUUUUUUCUUGUUAAAUGAGACUAUCGUGACCUGUAACUUACCUUUAAAAAAAAAAAAAGGAAAUUUAAAUUAUGUGAAUUGAAUGUCUGGAGUAUAAUUUGUGCGAGAAUAGUAUCUGUAAAUACAUUUAAAUGAACUGUAAAGAUAUUUAAUAAAUAUAGUAUUUAUACAAUA